GUUGCUUGGAUACCAGAGGCGCGGAGAGUCGCCGGCCGAUGCCGUCACGGUCCCGGAAGUCGCGCUGUUGUUGUGAUGGCGGAGGCGGUGCGGGCGGAGUGUGACGGGGGUCCCCCGGGGUGGCUGCGCUGGCCGGGCCGCUGGCUCCCCUCCCUGCCCUCCCUGUCCCCGGAGGCGGACCCCCUGCUCCCCGGGCUGUCGGUCUCCCAGCGGCUGCUGCUGGCCGGGCUGUGCGGCUCCCUGGCCGGGCUGUGUUUCGGGCUGGCCGCGCUCUACCUGCCGCUCCUGGUGCUCCGGGCCCGGAAGUUCUCGCUGCUCUGGUCUCUGGGCUCCGCGCUCGGCCUGGCCGCCGCCGCCCUCCUGCGGGGACCGAGCCGCCUCCUCCGGGAGCCCGAGCCGGCCGGCCUGCUCUACCUGCUGGCCCUGGGGGGGACGCUGUAUGCCGCGCUCGGCCUGCGGAGCACCGGGCUCACCGUGCUGGGGGCGGCCGCCCAGAUCAUCACCGCCGCCGGCCUGCUCCUGGGACUGCUCCCCGGGGGGGCGGCUGGGAGGCGAUACAUCACCGGCCUGUGCGGGGGCCUCCUGCGGAGAGGGGUGGCCAAAGCCCUGCCCGUCUGAGAGAGACCCCGAGACAGAGAC